GCUCCAAAGAACCGGCGCGGGUGCCCGGGGUCCCCGUCCUCUCGACCCUCGCCGGCUGCCCCCUCCUCUCCCCUGAAACAGCGUCCAAGGGAAGGGAAAAGCGGCGAGAGUUGCCAGCACGAAGGUUGAGUUGAACAGUGUUUGAAAGACAAUAUUAUCAUCAUGAAUGCUAAUAAAGAUGAGAAGCCAAGGUCCAGAAGUCAAGAUCUUCACCUUCUUCAUGCUUGGAUGAUGCUAAUCACGACUGUGCUGUUUCUUCCCAUCACUGAAACAUCUAAACAAAAUAUCCCACGUCUCAAGCUAACUUACAAAGACUUGCUGCUUUCAAACAGCUGCAUUCCCUUUUUGGGUUCAUCUGAAGGACUGGAUUUCCGGACUCUUCUUUUAGAUGAGGAGAGGGGCAGGCUGCUCCUAGGAGCCAAGGACCAUGUCUUCCUGCUCAGUCUGGUGGACUUAAACAAAAACUUUAAGAAGAUUUAUUGGCCUGCUGCUAAGGAACGAGGGGAACUAUGUAAAUUAGCUGGAAAAGAUGCCAAUACAGAAUGUGCAAAUUUCAUCCGAGUACUGCAACCUUAUAAUAAGACCCACGUUUAUGUGUGUGGAACCGGAGCAUUUCAUCCACUAUGUGGAUAUAUUGAUCUUGGAGUCAACAAGGAGGAACUCAUAUUUAAACUAGACAUGCACAGCUUGGAGUCUGGCAGACUGAAAUGUCCCUUUGAUCCCCAGCAGCCUUUUGCUUCAGUAAUGACAGAUGAGUACCUCUACUCUGGAACAGCUUCUGAUUUCCUUGGCAAAGACACUGCAUUCACGAGGUCCCUUGGGCUGACACAGGACCACCAUUACAUCAGAACUGACAUUUCAGAACACUACUGGCUCAAUGGAGCAAAAUUUAUUGGAACAUUCCCCAUUCCAGACACUUAUAAUCCAGAUGAUGAUAAAAUAUAUUUCUUCUUUCGGGAAUCAUCUCAGGAAGGCAGCACAUCUGACAGAAGCAUUCUUUCAAGAGUUGGGAGAGUUUGCAAGAAUGAUGUAGGUGGGCAACGAAGUCUGAUAAACAAAUGGACUACUUUUCUUAAGGCGAGACUGAUUUGCUCAAUUCCUGGAAGCGAUGGGGCAGAUACUCAUUUUGAUGAACUCCAAGACAUUUAUUUGCUCCCUACAAGAGAUGAAAGAAAUCCUGUAGUAUACGGAGUCUUUACCACAACCAGCUCCAUCUUCAAAGGCUCUGCUGUCUGUGUGUAUAGCAUGGCUGACAUCAGAGCAGUUUUUAAUGGCCCAUAUGCUCAUAAGGAAAGUGCAGACCAUCGUUGGGUCCAGUAUGAUGGAAGAAUACCUUAUCCCCGACCCGGGACGUGUCCAAGCAAAACCUAUGACCCACUGAUUAAAUCCACCCGAGACUUUCCUGACGAUGUCAUCAGUUUCAUAAGGCGGCACCCGGUGAUGUACAAGUCGGUGUACCCAGUGGCGGGAGCGCCGACCUUCAAGAGAAUCAAUGUGGACUACAGACUGACGCAGAUAGUGGUGGAUCACGUGGUUGCUGAAGACGGACAGUAUGAUGUCAUGUUUCUGGGAACAGACAUUGGAACAGUCCUCAAAGUUGUCAGCAUUUCCAAGGAGAAGUGGAAUAUGGAAGAAGUAGUACUGGAGGAGCUUCAGGUCUUCAAGCACCCAACAGCCAUCUUGAAUAUGGAGCUGUCGCUGAAACAGCAACAGUUGUACAUUGGUUCCUGGGAUGGAUUGGUUCAGCUCUCCUUGCACAGAUGUGACAUUUAUGGGAAAGCAUGUGCAGAUUGCUGUCUUGCCAGAGACCCCUACUGUGCUUGGGAUGGAAAUGCUUGCUCAAGAUAUGCACCCACUUCCAAAAGGCGAGCUAGACGGCAGGAUGUAAAGUACGGGGACCCAAUCACUCAGUGCUGGGACGUAGAAGACAGCAUUAGUCAUGAAACAGCUGAUGAAAAGGUGAUUUUCGGAAUUGAAUUUAAUUCAACCUUUCUGGAGUGUAUGCCUAAAUCCCAGCAAGCCUCUGUUAAGUGGUACAUCCAACGGUCAGGAGACGAACAUCGUGAGGAGUUGAAACCUGAUGAAAGGAUCAUCAAAACGGACUAUGGGCUACUGAUUCGAAGUCUGCAGAAGAAGGACUCUGGGAUGUAUUACUGCAAAGCACAGGAGCACACUUUCAUCCACACCGUAGUGAAGCUGACUUUGAAUGUCAUUGAGAAUGAACAGAUGGAAAAUACCCAGAGGGCAGAGCACCAGGAGGGGCAGGUCAAGGAUCUAUUGGCUGAGUCACGGUUGAGAUACAAAGACUACAUCCAAAUCCUUAGCAGCCCAAACUUCAGCCUGGACCAGUACUGCGAACAGAUGUGGUACAGGGAGAAGCGGAGACAGCGCAACAAGGGAGGCCCAAAGUGGAAGCACAUGCAGGAAAUAAAGAAGAAACGGAAUCGACGACAUCACAGAGACCUGGAUGAGCCCCAUAGAUCUGUGGCUACAGAGUUUUCUAUUUAAUUUAAAGAGGAAAUUAUUUACCUGCCUGCAAAAUACUGUCUUGGUUUGUACAUCCCUCAUGGCAAUUCACACAUGCCUUCCAUGGAAUCUCAUUAAGGCACAGAUUGAUAUACUGAGUAAGACUGCCUAUGGUAAAUACGAAUUCAUCUAAACCAGCUUUUGAGAGCAAAACUUGUAUCAGGAAAGUCAAGAACUGUCCUCAAAAUAGGAGCCUUACAUUUAUAAAUGUUUUAUGUUUUGAAUUUAAUGUCACAUAUAGAAGUAAGCUAAAUUAACAUCUCCAGGUCCAAUGGAAGGUGCUUUCCCCUCAUGCAUAUCCACUACACAUGGAGUUUAUCAUGCAGUUGGCUGUAUUCUUAUAAACAGCUAAGUCAUUUCUUUCUAGAACUGGUGACCUUGUAGGGAUUCGAGGAGAAGCACAAAUCAAAACAGCUUAUGUUAAUAAUAGGAACUUUCUCAAGGAGCCAUCAACCCACACUUAGAGCCAGGUAUGAGAAUUUAGAAAUGUGUAUUCCUUCUUUCAGGCCACAGGCUACAUCUAGUGCACUUCAAAGUGAUUUUAUGAGAGGGUGUUAAUGAUCCCAACAAGGUUCCUUGUGAUUGGUCAAGAGAAAUGGGUUCACAGUUAGAACCUGCUGCUUAAUGGUGUGUUCUAGAAUACAGAAUGAACAAUUCCUGUUUUAAUAACAUGGGGAAAUAUUUUGAUAUAGUGAGAGUGGUAUUAUGUGUAUUGUCUCUCAGAUGGGACUUAGGAGAUGGGCAGAAGGACAGCCAUGAAUUCUGGGGAAAACUUGUAUUGCAUGAGAAGGAAGGGGACCACGCACAAACUAGAUAGAAUGUAAGGGAACUGUUUCCACUGGAGCAUAACUAUCUCCUAACUUGUAAUGUAUCAGUCAAAAACAAUCCAGAUAGAACAAACGGUUAGCAAAAGCUCAUGUGAAAGUAAAAUUUGUAAA